ACCACUACUUCCCCGUGCGAAACAUCGAGUCUUGUUUCCGAGAGUGCGGAGAUAUUUCCCUUGUUUGAGAGAUGGCAAUGAUGUUGGAUCUAUUUGUUUCAAGAUGCAUUGAACAAGUGAUAGGCUUUGUUGAGGGAGAGAUAUGCAAAGUGCUGGGCGUGAAGAAGGAGAUCAAGACGCUGCAGGAGAAGCUGGAGAUGAUCAAAUGUUACCUCGAAAGUGCAGAGCGGAAAAGCCGUGGGGAUCCCGUCAUCGAGGCCUGGGUGAGGAAGCUGAAAGACAUCAUGUACGAUGCCGACGACAUCAUCGAUCUUUGCAUGAUGGAAGGUGGCAAACUGUUGGAGGCUCGGGGAUCAGCUUCGGCUUCGAGGAUGGGUGAAGAAUCAUUCCAAGAAUAGUCAACAAGAGGAUGUGACUGUGUGCAUUAGACGUCUGCCAUUAAAUUUUAGAACCAUGUUUCUUGCACGCAAUAGUAUUGCUUGUCGUUGUGAAUUAAAUAGAUAAUGCUACUUGAUUUUAGUACCAUGUAGAACGUUAGCUAAUAGCUACCGGAAACCAUGUUGGAUUAUAUAUAUAGAAGUUCUCACAUUCACGGAUGGCGGCUUCGACUAAUAAGACGCCAAACAAACUAUUUGUCGCAUCAUAUAACAUCUUGUGGUUUGUGUUCCACAAUUUAACUCCAAAAUUUGCGAUGGUUUUUUUUCUUUUUCAUUUAAUCCCUACACGGUUUGAAAACUGAAAUUUGUUAGCACAUUUCAACAAAUAAUUGUUCUAAAUUUGUUAGUACAUUCGAAAACAAUGGCUCUUAAUGCCUUUAGUAUCCUAAUAGGUGUUCACAUAUAUACCAAUAUAAUUCAGGGCAAGUUUUAUGUUCUGUAGGUAUAUGCAUGUACUAAAUUUGAUAGAUUGGUGGAGUCCAUUGAAACUAUGCACCAACUGUUUGUGUUGGGAUUUACAAUAUCUAUUGUACCCGAUGAGAGUAUUAGUAAACUUACGAAUGAGAUGGCUAUGUGAUAUAAACAAAUAUGAUUGGCCAAUUGGAGACUUAACAGGCAGAGCCAAGUUAUCCAAAAAAAAAAAGACAAAAGAAUGAUGAGAGAAAAUAUUUCCUCUAACUACAAGGACAUGAUGACUACUAUAAAUAAAGGAUUCUCCGAGUGCCAUCAAGUUAUAUGAAUGACUCUUUGAGUUCUCACUUGGAUUUGACUUAUCUAUGAUAUAAUCUGAGGUAUUUUUUUAAUUUGAAUGUUGCUGAGAUCUCAGUCGAAUAUGCCCAUUGUACAAGUUUUGCAAUAAACAUCAAAGAUUGGAUCAAGAACCGAACUACUCACCUAAGUUGGAGAAUCACUCUAAUCAAUCAGAAGCUAUUCUCGAGAAUUUCUACUCAUACUUCAGUUCGGGAAUCUAAAUCGAGAUUUUAUCUUAGGAUUCGUGCAGAUUCAAAUUUCAAACACAAUAAGAUUUAGAAAAGUGGAUCAGGCAAGAUCAAACUCAAUGACUGGUUAUUUAUCUAUAAGAUUUUUUAUCUUUUUAUAGAAGGAUUGAUAAUUAAGAGAAGCUUUUCUAUUAAUGUAAUCUUCUAAAGAAUCUAAUGUGUCCUUUGCUAACAAAGCAUCGUUUUACACUCGAUGAGCCUUGACCGAACAAAGUGCUCAACAUAUAUAGCUUUUGUGGGCAAAAUAUAUUCUAUGCUCGAUGCACCAUAAUCAAAACUAUUUGAUGUGUUCAAUGUGGCCUUUGUAGUUAAAGUAAAUCCUUAUGCUCAAUGCAUCCGGUAAAAUGUUUGAUGUGAUGUUAAUAACAAAAAAUCUCCAUAUUCUAAUGUGCUCUGACCAAAAGAAACAAUAGACACACCUGAUAUGGCCUUCACAACUAAAGUAUUACUUAUACCCAAUGCAACUAUCCUGAUAUAAGAAUUUCUAUAUUUGUAAUGUACCCUAUUCGA